CAGGGUCGGCACAGUGGCGACUAGCCUCGCGCGGAGUCGCCCGCUACCGAGUAAAUUAUACCCGUCCGCGCGGGUUCCUCACGUCCCUACUUACGUAAGUAAAAAAAAAUUAAAAAAAAACUAUCCUAAUUAAUCGACUCUCUAAUAAAUUUAGUUUGAAUUACGAUUUAAUGUUAUUUGAAGAAAUGAUAGACUUAAAAAGCCUGAAUAAAUAAUGUGAGUAAUUAUAAGUGGGUGAACACAUGACCGUGUUUGUUUGACAUUUUUGUGGUGUACCAGACUUUAUGUUGUAGUGAAACAACUGUUGGAUGGGCGUAAUCAACCUACUGUGCUGAUGCGACGAGCUUGCGAGGUGGCUAUAGGAACUAGAGCAAAAAGAAAACCAUUCGUCGAAUCUUCGUACUGUGCUGAUCCACAUAACGAAGUUCAUCGAUUCCACUCUGAAGAUGAAAGGAUAUGCAACUCACCAAAACAAAUUUGACGAAAAAGAAAAAGAAAUAUUGUGGAGAUUUUUAAUAAAGUUGCGAUAGGUCUGUUCAGUGAAAAUACAUAACAGUGAAAGAACAUAGCUGUUAUUUGCAAUCAUGCGAAUCGUUGUACAGUGUGUUGCGAAAAGUUAUAUCAGUGUUAGUGAGUGUUUGUGACAAUAAGAAGUGUUGUAAGGGGCUGUGGGGUGUAAUGAGAAAGCGGCGCGGGAAGCUAGCGGGGCGAGCGGCGCGGUGACUGCCCGCGCGCACAAUGCGGCAUGCGCUUGCUUUACUUGCCGUCGCGUGCACCGUUGCCUCUGCGCAGCUCGCAUGGACACCAAUUUUUCUUGACGGUAGUAGUCAAGUAGAUUUAUGGACACAGUCAUCGUCCGGGUGCGCGUGCCCGGGCGGCGAUGGUGAGGAUUGCGCGUGCUGUGUGCGCGACGGUGCGUGUCCCUGCGGCGAUGUGGCGCCCACGCGAUGCGCACAGUGCGGCCUGGAACAAUAUUGCGCUAAUAUGUGUAAUAUUACCAUCGACUCGCGUGUCCUCAAAAACAAGUCUGGCAAGACCUUUGGGCAGAUCAAGUCACCUUCAAUCGAGGGCCCAGGAUCAUGUUCCUACUUCCUUCAACCUGAUGCUGGUCAACGGGUGGAAAUACAACUGUAUAGACUUGUCUCAGUAGGAAGAUUUAACGGUACUGGUUGUGUCGGAGGAUGGCUCCAGUUGGGUGGUGCGGGUGCCGUGCAGAGCAGCGCGGCUGAGACCCGGUUGUGUGGUGCCAACGAGCGGUAUUCACCACCCGUUGUACUGUUUGCUGAUCACGGCGCUUCUAAAUUAGAAUUUAGGAUAACAGAAAAAACGGUGAGGUCACAGUUCCUUGCAUUCUUCAGCUUCACGUCGUUGAGCAACACACAGGGCGUGGGGUUUCAUCCGCGAGGUGGCUCUAGGAUACCGCAUACAGACUGCGACUGGCUUUACCAGGACGUAUCCUGCCGGGGUGCUGGGUCGUGUGUGCUCGCAAGUCCCGGAUAUCCCGGCCUGUAUCCACCACACCGGCGUUGUCGCUACCUCUUCGCUACCAAUUCUGUCAAUACAAGAGUCAAGAUCAUCUUCACAUCUAUACUACUUCCAAGAAAUCAUUGUGCCACGGACUAUCUGACGCUACGUGCUGGCAACUCCCCAUCGGCUCCGCUUCUUGGAUCGAUCUGUACAGAAAGAACCGCCACGUUGGAGCAUCCGGGGCCAAACUUGCUGUUAGAGUUUAGCUCUGGGCCGUUAGUCCCGCGGUACGACUACAAUGGGUUCAUCGCCAAAUUGGAGUUUAUAGAGAGGGUUGACAGCAGUGGUCCUCCGCCCACUGUGGUACCACCAUCCGCUCCACUUGCAGCUCUCACGCAUCACAUGCAAAAUGUGGAUAGAAUGGCGAUAAUAGACAGCAACUCGGCGGCGAACGAAGUAUCGCAUAACAAUGGCGGAGGUCGCAUCGGGUGUGGUGCUACUGUCCGCGCGUACGGUCCCGGCGGCGCGCGCUCCGGUCACUUCGACACAAGAGCGACAGCGUGGCGGUCUCAGUGCGUUGUGCACUUGCUUGGUGCACCCACCGAUGUGGUGCAAGUGUCACUGUUUAAUUAUAAUCUAAGGUUACAAAGCUGUCGAUCUCAUAUUGAGAUUAUAGAAGGUGUCCACGAAUUUGGAGGGCGAGGUGAUAGAGGUGAUCGAUCAGAAAGAGGGGAUCGGGCUCUUUUAAGAGUUUGUGGGCCAUCCGUGAGGGAGGCGAGAGAUCCCUCUGGAAGAUUCCUCAUACGUCAAGCGGUGACGUCCAAAGGUGCUAACUUGACUAUAUUGGUGCGACGCGCUACGUCACAAAGCGUAGAUGAAGAAGAAUUCGUGGAUGGUGCUUUUGCAUUUCACGAUGAGCAUCACGAAGGCACAGCAUCCCCGGAUGCAACAUGUGCAGCGACCCAUUACGGGUUGGCUGCGCCCACGCACGGUGGCGUCGCAGCUCCGUCACAUCAUCAUAUCUUCUGGAACAUUGAAGAAAGACUGUUAUGUACUCAUAGAUUUAUACCAGCUGCAAACCAAAGCGUAACCAUUGAAAUUCAACGUCUGGAACGCAUGUGGAGCGCGGAACCGACAGGAACAGUCGGUGCCGCCGGGUGCCGCACUGCUUGCGGCGACGCUGGUUGCGAGUGCCGGGCCAACACGCCACUUCACUACCAUGACCACAUUGCACUUGUAGCAGGCGAUGGCAUUCAUCUGUCGUGCCUUUGCGGUGAUUUUCAAGCGGCGUGGUUACCGGUGGUAGUACGAAGUUGGACCAGCGUCCGACUGGAAUAUUCUGUGGCCCACUAUACAUACGCUAGUAGGGGAUUCGAUUACGCAGCGGCAUACAGCUUCAACAAUGAUUCCAUGUGUGGCCAGCGCACGUACACGACGCAUUCUGGUGAAAUAUCGUCGAGGAACGUGUCUGUUACUGGAAGUUUGAACGAGUUUUUCUACCAGCAGUGCACUUGGGUUUUAGACUCGAAUGUCGAGAGACAGCUCUUUAUUGAUAUAUCUUCAGAACAGGAUAAGUCAUGUGGCUCAUGGAACAUCACACUUCACGAGUGGUCGGGUUCCGGUGCGCAGAGCGACGCAGGCCUGGCUGCGGCUGCUGGCGAACUAUUAUAUACCUUUUGUGCUCGACAUAAGAAUCAUACUUACACGCUACCUUGGCGACUCAACACUGUUGUUAUAAGGUUAGUUGCGUUGUCGCGACAACAACCGCUGUAUAGGAUUCGAUGGAGAUCACAAGUGGUGCGUGCUAACAACCGACUCGGGCCACCGACGCCUGUUCCCGCCGCUUCGGCUGCGGCUGCUGACCUCACACAAACUACAUUAGCAUUUAUCUUCACGUAUUUACCGUGGUUCAUAAUUGGGAAAGCUUUACGACCAAUGCUAUAGUUCUUAAAAAGAAAUUUCUAGUCGCACGAAUUUCCGACAACUGGUGUGUUAAUGUGUACAUAUACAAAUUGUAAAGCGUGAGCCGAAACAUGUAAAUAGUGAGUGAACACAGUGAAAUAUGCCUUUUAUGAAUUAGUAAAUAGAUCUUUAAGUUGAAUAAUAAUAGAAUAAUAAGCUCUAGAAGAGCAUAUGAACGAAAAUGAUUCUAAACGAAAAACAAAUAUUAUAUGUGUGCUUAAUUUUUUAAAUUUGAUUUUUUAGAUAUCUCACAGUCGUAAAAUUUAUACGGAUUUAAUAAGUACAAUCAGUUUUAUAUGAUAGUGUCAAGAAUAGACAAAAUUGUCACAUAUAUUCAAAUUCCAGAAGAAUUAUGAAUUUCGGGCUGGAGACUGAGUAGUAAGAUACUUUAUAAAUCUUUCUAACAUUACUAAAGUUCAUAUGUUUAUUUGUUACAGCUAGUUAUGGGACAGAUAAGGUUGCAAAAUACCUUUAAUUUGAUAAUUUUGAAUAUUAAUAUAAAAUUCAUAUAGGAAAAUUACAAAAUUUCCAAAUUUACUACCGAUCACCUUGUGACAAUUUUAUGAAACUGACUGUACUUUUACUGCUUGUUUUGUUGGUGUUGUUUAUCCAUCAGUAAUAUAAAUUAUAUGUGUAUUAAUGUCAAUUACAAACUAAACGAAUACAGCCACACUAUAUGGUAAAUUUAUAUAUAAUAUUUUCAAUGGUUAAACGUUUUCUGACAAAUACAAGUUUUGUUAUGUAUAUUAGGCAUUUUACAAAUUUCUUCAUUAUCUAUUCUUCUGGUCAUAUAUCUAGAUAUAUAAGUUUAAAAUAUAAUGUUGACACAGGAAGGUGGUGCUGAUUCUAGUCUAAGUUACAGUUAAACACAACACGCAAGCGAACAAUAGUUUUUAGAAAAUUUCAGGAUCACAUCAUGUCUACGUUAAUUUAAUAGCAAAAAAUGAAGUUUUGAAAUGAAUCUAUCAAGCUGAGUCGAAGUACUCAGAUGAAAUCGCAGACAUUAUUUCAAUUCCAUUUUCUUCGAUUUGAGAGAAAUUGAUUAAGCCCGAGGUGUUUUUUACUCUUCCCAGAAUCCUUGUAGUACAAUGGUUACUAAGUGAUUUAGCUUAUAUUUUAUACUUUGUUCCUAAUUUAUUUUUAAGCUAUAAAAUUUUAAUUAGGUAUACAGUAAAAGGCCUGAACAAAACAAAAGAGUUUUUGAAACUUUUCCUGAAUAUUUUAGGUACUGUUUAUAGCCUCCGGAAAACAUGUACACAAAAAGCUAUUACUUAGUUUUGGUUCGUUGAAUAAUAGAAUAAUAUCUUUUAUUUCAUUAAUCCUGUAAUAUCAUACAAGUUUUUUUCUGUUAUGUUUUUUGUUAUACUAUUAAAAGAUAGUAUUUUGUUUUAAAUUGUGAUAUUUUAAUUAAAUAGACAUAAUUAUUUUCACAUAUUCAUUGCAAUAUUAAUAUUGCCGUGUAUAAAGUAGUUAAUUAGUAUAAUUAAAUAGUAUUCGGCCACCAUAACUACUGGUAUCGAUGUUCGAAAUUGAUGUAUCUGUGGUUCACAUAAUGUUGUUACAAUAAUUAUGUAAGAGAGUAUGCAUAUUAUUGUUUAUAAUUAUUUGCAAAUUUGUUUGCGAGUAAGUACUCUCUAUGUAAUGUUCUAAUUAAUAAAUCCUUAUUUAAUAAGAUGUUUAUAGUUUAGUUGAAUUGUUACGUAAUGGAAUUGUAUAUUGUAACAAGAGUAUAACUCUGCAUAAAUUGAGGAUGAUGUUAGUUUUAAUCACUAUUUGGUUUAAAUUGUUUAAAUAAUGAAAUGUAAUGAAUAAUAAUCAAUAAUCUUUAAUGAAGCACACAAGAAAAUGCAUUUAAAUUGUAGAAGAUGAUUUUGUAAUGUAAAAGUUGGAGAUUUUUAUUUAAAUAUCUACACCUAAAUUUGAAAGUCUUAUCUCAGAAUUACUUGUAGAAAUAUUCAAAUGCAGCAUUGAAAUGAAAUGUAAUAAACCUAAUUUGUCAGAUUACAAUGUCUGAGUGUUUACAUAUAUUUAUGGCGAAGCUAAUAAAAGGCAUAACGAAUACAUAUAAUUAAAACAAAUCCCAUUUUAUGUAGUCUCUUUUCCACCUGCAAUGCGAUUCGAUUUACGUGUCUCAAGAGGCAUUUUUUUCUUUUCACAGACGUAAACAUAAACAACUUAAAAUAAUGAAAACUAAAUGUUCCACUACCGACUUACUUAUGGUAAUAUUACAAAAACUAUUCACUGAUAUCAGACCUUCUUUCACAAGAACUUCUCACUCCAUAGGAAGACAGCCACAGCCAUACAGCUGCGCCUGUCUAUACUUUUUCGACAUUUAAUCAUCAGCUCAUAAAAAAAAUUAGUUCAUAUUAAUCACUUUUGAAUCAACUGAUGAGAAACCAAUGACAAUGGAUACAUACACAUUUAUGGACAAAAAAAUCAAUUGCCACAUCUAUUCAAAUCUGUUUCAUGAACACCGAACAAACUCUGCCGGAGACUAUGUAUAUUUUGUCUGUAAACAAAAUUUCCUGACAGUUUUUUUUUUUCUGUGUUGAAAGUCGUGUACUUGCACGUGUAGACUGUAGCAAGCAAUUUUAGUGGUUAUAUAAUGAUCAGAAUCAGAAUCUCGUCUAUGAAGACCAUAAGUUAGUUGAUAGAUUCGCUCUAGCGCUAGUAAUGAAUGUCACGUCAAAUUUUAGACGUGUACGAUGCGACCGUCGGAUUGUGGAUUGCGCAAAUACGGUGUUGAUGAUUAAAUAUGAACGAACAGUGUUUUGUGGUAUUGAAUAUUGUUGCUGAUUGUUGGUAGUCGGAAUUUUGAUUUCUGUUGUGUUGAUGAAGCGUUAUAAGAUUGAAUUGAUCAGCUUAUUCACUGAAACAAUUUGUGUUUUCGUGUGGUUUUUAACUCAAUACGAAUUAAGUGUAUUUCACAAAAAAAAAAAAUCAAAGUGUAAAUUAUAUUAUUACAAUACUUUAACGGUGUAGCAGCUUUUAAUUAUUAUACAAAAGUCACAUUUUGGUGUUGAGUUAGAAUGCUGAAGUUAGAUUUUGUGCUUAUUUUGUGUUUUAUAUGUUUAGAUAAAAAUGGGUUAUCUGUAUGAUAAGAUUAAUAAUGUUAAAAGACAAUCAAGUAUUGUACGACCCACGAUUUCACAAAAUCAUAGCACGGAAAAAUUAUAUACACGUUCAAGAAGUGUCAAUAAGUAAUAGGCUCGAACACAUGUCAUUGUACUAAAAUGUGAGUAAAAUAUUGAAAUUUAUGUUGGCGUUAAAUGUUCAUAAUCACUUGUGUAAAAUUUGAUAUCACCCAAUUAGCUAAUAUUAUUAGUCAUGUAGAUGUACAUAACAACUUACCAUCUACGACUAUAGUCUAAGAGCUGAUUGCAAUAAACUUAUACUUAGCUUUAAUAAUUGUUGAUGUGGUUUGGAGGUAUUACACUGAAACGUGUCCAAAAUGUAAAAAAAUGCACAUUACGUCCAAUUUGAGAUAAAUAUUGAUAUAACGUUAUGAUUGCUCAAAUGAACAUCGAUGAAUAGUAGUUUAUUGUCUUGCAACUCCAUAUUACAUACAACAUUGUGGUUAUGAUGCGUGAAAAGCUCUGUGUCAUCAUUUAAAAUGAUUUUAGAAAUAUCAUAAACGUCUAUAGAUGUUAGGAAUGAUUUAUUGUCGUCAGCUCUCUCACUAUAUUAGGUUAAUAUGAAAUUCUAAUUUAAUAGAUGAUUCCGUAAAUAAUGUUUGUUACACCGAAAUAGAUAAAUCG